AUGGGGCUCGGGAAUGAUGAUUAUGGUGAAGAAAGAAUGAUUAAUAAUUCAAAUCGAAACUAUAAUAGAAAAAAGGUUGAUACGCCUGAAAAUGUCGAUUUAUAUAAAGGGUAUGAUAAUGAAAAAGGUGAAAGUGAUGAAACGCAAGAGGAUGACGAGGAGGAGAAUGUGCCACUUGGCGUGAUCCUUGGAAAAAAACAUUUAGGCACGAUAAACUACGAUUGA